ACUAGAGCACCUAUUAAAAAAAAAAGAAAAAUUGUGAUUGUAAUUAAUUUAUAGUUUACCCGGCUAUUCACAUGUUUUAAUCUAAGUCUGUUUGUGUGUCUAAUAUUAUUUGUAAAUAUUACUCAGUGGAAUUUGAUUACAAUAUGCAAAUAAUAGCCCUUAAGGGUAUUCCUUGUAAAUGGGAUCAAAAAUCACUGCUGAAAAUGAUAGGAAAAGUCAUGAAGGGGCACAUUCAGGGUAUUGCUUUAGUUCCUGGACCCCGUUUUCAAUAUACUAAAAUUGCCUAUUUAAAAAUUCCAAAGAAUGUGGAUGCUGGUAAAUUAGUGAAUGGACUUAAUAGUAUCAACUUUAAAAAGGCUGCAGUCAUUGCUGAAGUAUGUCUUACCCUUCCAAAGACGCCACUAACUUGGAAGCAACCCAAUGUAAGUUCGAAGUUGAAGCGUAAAUUGAAAAUACCAGAGAGCACCGAUCCUGGUUAUGUUUUAAGUACGACGCACGGCGAACUUUUGAUGGAGUUGCAAUACAAAUACACAGGUUUAGUAGAACUCAGUGAAAAGUCAAAACAUCAGCUGUUGCUGCAAAUUGCACGGACACUUCUCGGUCGUCUGAAGUACAUCGUGGAUAAAAAUGGCACCGCCACCUCGCAAGGUGGUUUCCAUCUAAGCAAGUUGUAUCGGAAGGUGCAUCCUCACGACGGGGACUUUCAGAUGAUAUUGUCCACUUUGCACUCAAUUGAAGACUCCGCCGGUAUGCCUCGCUCUCAGAUAGAAGAAAAUGAAUUGAUUUCCGCUAAACUCGCCCCUAAAGAUGUUGAAAAUAUAUCUACAGAAAGAAUGAUACAAUUAAGAAAUAAAUACUCAGAUAAAAUAACGAACAAGAUCGUUGAACAUAUAAGCAGUUUGGACGUAGAUGAUCAAACGAAUGUCGAAGAGCUAGGAGAUGCACAGAAAAGAGUGCGUCAGGAACUCAAGAAUUUGUUACAGCAUAUGCCUACAAUAAUAAAACAGACGAUAGCUGAUAACACGAAUGUUGAUAUAUUAAAACAUGAAAGAGCUCGGGUGUACGGAGAGCCUUAUUUACCUCUUCCAGACCAGUUGAAUCAAACGUUAAUGCGAUUCAAAGCUACCAAAAUUCACAGGUCGGACCGCCUGUAUAACAUACUGAGACUCAAUAUUCCCAAGUCGCAGUUCCAGAAAUUUAUGACCGUUAUGGAUGGUAAAGUAAUAGGUGGUGGAAAGCUGAUAAUUAGGCCUUCAGAGAUGCCAGUGUUCAAAAUACCACUAGAUUUUAUUAACGAGAUGAAAGAUGUCUAUGGAAUUGAUUACAAAGAUAAGUACGACAUAAUGGAAGAUGGCAUGCAAGAAGAUGACGAGGGUGAGACUGGUCAUGAGGAAAUGGAUAUGCUUGAAGCUGGCAAUGCUGAGCCAGAAUGGAAUGAGUCUUGGUAAUAAAUUAAUAAAGAUUUGUUAAAAAAACAAUUACUGGCAUUUUUAAAGGCUGUUUACAAUGUUACAUAUUGUAUAAUUAGGAUGCCUGUAUGUGUUGGUGUAUAAUUAUAUUCAAGAGACAUUUUAAAUAAGCAAAUAAAUAUUUACAACUAAGAAUCUGAACAGUUUUAAUUACAUAUGGACUCCUUAAUUAUGACAUAAAAAUACAGAAGCAUUGUUAAUUCUUUAUAAAAUAUGCAUUGUAGUUUUUCAUUUCUUUCACUAAAGGGAAAGGGCUGGCGG